UUACUAUACAAAUUUUUAGUGAAAAAAAUCCUUAUUGUGCUAGAUCGAUCUGUAAGAAACAUGGAGAACACUAAGCAGCUAGUUUUCAUUCCAGGGCCAGGAAUGGGUCACCUCGUUGCUGCUAUUGAAAUUGGCAAAUUACUCAUCAGCAGAGCCAAUUGGCUUUCAAUUAUUUUCUUCGUCAUUGAUCUUCCAAUUGAAACCCGAGUUCAUACCUAUACAAAUCAGUCGAAUCAACGCCUGCAAUUCUUGCACCUUUCUUCUCCAAAAACUCAAACUAAUCAUCUUUCAAAUCGAGAAACUCUUCUUGUGGAGACCUUCAAUAAUUCGAAGGAGCUGGUAAGAAAUGCAAUAAUACAAAACUUCAUGACAACUAGUCUUGUUGGUGUGGUGGUUGACAUGUUUAGUGACAAAAUGAUUCAAGUAGCAACAGAGCUUGGUUUACCAAGCUAUGUGUUUUUUACUUCUAGUGCUGCUUUUCUUGGUCUUAUGUUUUAUGCACAGAUACUUAAAGAUGAACACAAUCAAGACAUCUCCGAUUUUAAAAACUCGGAUACGUUACUUCCUGUUUCGACUUAUAUCCAUCCUCUUCCAGCUAAGGUUUUGCCCAAUGCCAUGUUGGAUAAGAUUGGCAGAUUGCAUCUACCUCUGUCUACUGCUCGAAUGUUACGAAAAGUGAAAGGGAUUAUAAUUAAUACUUUUGUUGAGUUCGAGCUUCAUUCGAUUAAUACCCUUGAUAAUGAUGAUGGGGCUCCGGUUUUAUACCCAAUUGGGCCUAUAAUCAACUUGAAUCAAGAGCCGGAUGAGAGUAUUAACAGCUGGUUAGAUGAGCAACAAGAUUCUUCUGUAUUGUUCCUCUGUUUCGGGAGCUACGGUUCUUUUGACGAGGAACAGCUCAAGGAAAUUGCAGUAGCUCUUGACCACAGCGGCUGCCGUUUCUUGUGGUCAUUACGGCAGCCGCAGGGCAAGGGUGAAAUAGGUGCUUCGGACGAUGUUGCACAUCCGGAGCAAGUGUUGCCAGAUGGUUUCUUGACAACAAGUAUGAAUAGAGGGAAAGUGAUUGGAUGGGCACCUCAAGUGGCGGUGCUAUCUCAUAGAUCGAUUGGAGGAUUCAUAACGCAUUGUGGUUGGAAUUCGAUACUAGAAAGCUUGUGGUUUGGAGUUCCGAUAGCAACAUGGCCUAUGUAUGCAGAGCAGCAAGUAAAUGCUUUCGAAAUGGUGGUUGAUUUAGAGAUAGCCGUAGAUAUAAAGAUGGAGUAUCGGAGUGAGAGUCCGGUUUUGGUCACAGCAGAGGAGAUAGAGUGUGCCAUAAGGAGACUGAUGUUUGAUGGUAAAGAGGAGAAGAAUGGUAUCAGAAAGAAAAUGGAAGAAUUGAAAGAGAAAAGCAGGAAGACCUUGUUAGAAGGUGGAUCAUCUUACUGUUUUCUUGAGAGUUUGAUCAAUGAGUUUAAGGACCAGAGUAGAGUACGUAAAAAUACGAUACUCGAGACUAAUUCAACCCCAAAAGCUAGCUCAUGAGAUAAGAAUAUGAUAGCAUGGAGUUAGUAUAAUCUAAAAUUGCUUUUCCUUU